UAUUCCAAUGCAAUACUUUUCAUUAUGUGUUUCACUAUCGUACGUUGUUUUUUUCCUUAUUAAGUUAAAGCCACGUGUGCAAUAACAUGUGCGCUCAGUAUCGACCUAAACAUUUUAACCAGUUGAUAAUGUGCUAUGCAAGUUUCUCGUAUCUUGAAAUAAAAUUUAACGAUUUAAAAAUAAAUAUUAAUCAUUAUAUUAAAAUAAUAUAUAUAUAAUAAUUGUGUUAUUUAUAAAUUAUAUUUUAAAAGUAUAAGUGUGUAACAUUUAUAAUGGUUCGGUUUAAACAUAGGUAUUUUGCAAUUGAAAUAGAAAUAAUGAAUAAUAAAAAUAAAUCACUCAAACCAACAGCAUUGCUUAAUGCAAUUAAAAAAAAAAUACAGCAAUUAUAUGGAGAUUAUGGAUUGGCUGCAGCAUCGAUUGGGCUCUUAACUAAAUAUUAUAACUCGUCUACGAAAAUAGCGUUCGUUAGAGCUAGGCAUGGACCGCAUAGAUUUAUAUUAAAUGCACUUCCAUUGAUUACUGAUAUUGAUCAUCAAACUGUUAAAGUAAAUAUUAUUUAUAUCGGUGCAACUAUAAAACAUUGUUUCCUUAAUGUUAGAAGAUAUCAUCAGAAAAAGUUGGAAGAAGUAUGGGGCUCUCUUAAAACUGAUUAUCAAAGAAAAGAAAUGCUAAGGGUUUUGAAUUCUACAAUAUCAGUGAAAGAUUUUAACAGACAGUAAAUUGAUAUAACAAAGAGACUGCUAUUUAUCAGGUGAAUAAAAUUUCAAAAGUGGCGCCAUUUUGACGUUGCAUACGUCACGCUUAGA